AUGAAUGUUCGCAAGGACAUCCAACCGAGCCCCGUCGGCGAUAGAAACAUGUACAGUCGCUUGGUCCAGAAAGUAAAAAAGCGGAACAAAACAGCCGAGACUCUACGAAAGGCAGUCGAGGAAUGGCAAGCUGCCAAAAAUCUUGUCCAAGCAAAGCAGCAUGUCUUCACCAGUAUCGAUAUUGAAGCAUACGAAAUCGACCAUUCGAUCUUGCUCGAAAUUGGAUGGAGCAUGUAUGACUCCAAGGACGACAAAUACUUUCAUCAACACUACCUAAAUAACGCCUACCGUCACCUCAACAAAGGCAAAUACGUUGAUGACAUGAGACUACGACACCUCCGUGUGGUACUCGACAGUGACCUGAAGUAUUUGCGAAAGCAAAAUUUCAUGUGGCCUGGUCGACUAGGGCACCCAGAUACGGUCGAUGUAUCGCAGAAUGCAGUUGUCACCGCCCUUGACACAGAUACGAUCUUUGCUUUGUGA